AUGCAAAAUAACAAAAUUUGCAUAAGAGCUGUAGAAAAAGAAGGCAGUUCAAACUCAAUUAAUACGGGAUGUUAAAGUAUGAACCUAUUUUAUUACAUAGUCCAAAAAUGUAAGUAUCGCUUCUGUGAAACUGUAACAUCAUGUUAGAAAUAUGUUUUCAGAGUGGUUCAUUAGUGGCUGAGAGGCUGUAGAUAAAGAACACCAUGUAACGAUAGCAAAUAAAUAAAUAUGUUUUUCAAUUUCCUGUUAAAUAGUAGCGAUAAUACAUAUACCCAUAUAAUAUAUCAGAAUCCCAUCCAGGCGUACGACAAUAAGAGUGAAGAUGCUCCUUAAAAUAUCAAUUGCUCUGAGUUCCUAAAAAAUUGCUUUCAAAAAUCUUAGGAGGGUGCAUUGAGAAUCUCUGAAUUGCCCAAAUAUGAUUUGAAGUCUAAAAUAAUAAAUGUUUUGGCAGGCAGUUCCUGUAUGUAAAAUACAUGUCAAAAUACUCCUUCAAUUUAUGUUUUAAAUGAAUAAUGUGCUGCUUUCAAAGAAGAUUGCACUAUUGAUAAUACAACAUUUCAAGGAUUUUCAGAGAGAACACGAGAUAAUGUUCCUACUACUUCUACAACCUUUCUAUAACUGAAUUAUGAUUGUAAUAUAUUCAAAGAAACUUGUAUCACUAAACUUGGAAGAUGA